AUGGACGAGGGAGAUCUUGUAGACCCCUAUGAAAACCUUUCUGAUGACGAUCCUGAGUAUUUUCCUGGGCGAGAAGAAGACGAUUUAGCGUCAGCGCCAAAGAAAAGAAAACUAACACAAUAUUUUCAAAUGCUUACAAAACCCAAGGAUAAGGGAAACGGUUCAGCUGCAGCGGCGGUAGCACCUUCCUCCGACCCAGGUUCAUCUGCAACCUCUGUGGUUUACUUGCAAAAGGACCAUCAAGCAAAAUUUAAUAACAGCCCCAUGCUAGAUGGAAAAUUUUAUAAAGUGAUAAAAUUUGAUGGAAAGGACCAUGUAGAAGCGUCUUGUCAAUUAUGUCUUCCUAAUCACAAAGUUAUUAAAGGAUCUGCAGAGACGACCACCAAUUUUGUAAAACACCUGAGGCGAAUGCACUUGACAGGAUUCUCUUCUUAUAUCAAAUAUAAAUCAGAAAAGCAGAUGAACAGACAGACUGUGGAAAUCACGUCACCAACACUAUCCUCCAGUAAGCUACGAUAA